AUGGGCGACCUCCAAUUCGCGAAGCAAUUCCUUUCGUCUCUAGACAACAAACCGAGCAAGUACCAACCUGACCAUGUCUUUGAUCCGCAAACAUUUCAAAUGCGGUUACCGUAUACCUUGCCCAAGCUCUCAACACCGCCACACCCGCCGCCGCCCAAAUCCAUCCCCGCGACCGAACCAGCACCAGGCUCCGAACCCUCCACGCCCACCAUCACCCUGCUAUUGAAAUCCCCGCGCAACCCAAAUAUGACCCUCAUCCUUCAGUCCAUACCGCCUGCAACGACGACAAUCCAAGUGCUAAAAGAACAGAUCCAAUCAUGCCUAGGUGGACCGAGCGUGGUAAAUCUAGACAAGAUCAAGUUGCUCUUAAAUAAGAAGCCCGUCCCCCCAAGUAAACGAACCGUUGCAGAGGCUCUGGAGGGAUCUGGUAUCACCACGGGGUCAGAUGUCGAGCUUGGAGUGAUGGUCAUGGGCGGCGCUCCUGACCCGCCUCAGACCCAUAUAACGGCGUCUCUCCACCACACGAUAACGGCGGCUUUGGUGACGGCGGCGAAGGCAGGUCUGCAGACUGAGACCAAUCAAACGGGAGCGCAAGGAACGCCAAUGGAAGGUGUGGAAACGUCAACGACGAGCGUCCUGGAGUCAAGGGAGUUUUGGGAUGACUUGCAAAGGUUUCUGGAGCAGAGGAUACGGUCGCCCGAUGAGGUCGGGAAGAUAAAGGGGCUGUUUGAACGGGCGUGGAAGAGCUCGAUAGAGAAGCCUUGA